UGUUUAAGUAAUCUUUCAAGUAUAAAGUCCACAAAAAAUUUUGGAGAACACAUUCAAUAACUUUACUUUCAAGUUCCAACAAAUAACUAUCACAUUUUGUUCAAAAUGGUAGCAAAGGCUGUUCUUCUAUUCUGCGCUCAGGCACUUUUCGCACAGUGCAUCUUAAGCCAAUGUAUCGGCGCUGGAUACGGAAUCGCUGAAGGUCUGGCUAGAGGUCCGUGGAAUGCUCCGUACCUUGCUGAAGCCCCAUUAACCGCUUCCUGGGCUGCUGGUCCUUGUGCUGCUACUCCAUUCGCCACAGCUGAAUGGGCAACUGGCUAUGCACCUCUUGCUUCUAAUGGAGGUAGCUUCCCGAUUAGGAGCGCUUCCCCCAUCGCAGUCACCGGCGUGUCUAUGAGUUCUGAUAACGUAUACGAAGGCCCCUUAGCCGUGUCUGGUGCUGUGCCGUUCUUAGCAGCUGUCGCUUUAGAAGGUACCUUACCCACUGCCGGUGCUGGUGCAAUCACUUACAGUUGCGGGAACGGAAACGUAGCCAUGUUGAGUGAGGAUUUCAAUAACUUCAAUGCGUAUGGACCUUACGGCUACGGCGCUGGUGUCGCGGGGGGAUAUGGCUACGGGUACCCCCUGGCCCUUGAAGCGGGUAUUGCUGGACCUGGAUAUGGUUUCAAUAGGGGAUGUGGUUGUGGCGCAAUUUACUAAACGCUGUUUAGUCAUUAUUUCUAGUUUAUUAUUGUUUGUUAAGUUGUCUGAUACCUUUACAAUUCUUCGAUAAUAAAUAGUAAUUGGUUAUAAUA